CUGCAAGAGUUCGGCACGUCAGCACUACAAAAGUACAAAGUGUCCCGCCCUUCCGCGAUGUCCCACGAUGUCCUCCGCAUUCCCUCCAAGGGAGAUACGAUGGCCUCUACAUCGACCUUCCGAUUCUUCGACCUACCACCAGAACUCCGGAUUAUGGUUUACAAGAAUCUUGUGUGCGAAACAGAUCGCACCGAUCAUGGAAUUUUUGAGGAUCCUUAUUCUGUCCGCAACCGCGUGGGAAAGGCUGCUCCUUCCAUCAAAACUCAGAUUCUGACAGUCUCUUAAAAAGGUUACGGCGAGGCCUACGACGUGAUGAUCAAAGGCAAUCUUUUUGUGCGAGUCACUUCUCGGGGUCUGGACUUGAAACAGUUCCUAGUCGAGAAAGACAUACCAGUCGUAACUAUGAACUCGCGAUUAACUUCGGCCGUCAAAGGAUAUGUCAUGCAACAUCACUUGCGCGGCACCGGCUCAACUCGGAUUGUAACAGCUACAACCUAGGAUCAACAACUCAUACGGUUCACGGUCACCUACGGACAGCGUGGCGAGGUCCUCUGUUCAGCUACACCAGGGUCCUCUCAGCUGGGUCCGUUCCUUUCAGCUGGCCUCUAUUCAGCUGAGCUGAUAGACCUAGGGGGUGGGCCAUUUCCUAUUAGUAUAUAUUCGGCCCAUACGGCCACGACAAUACAAGCA